AUGCUUCCAUCUAGGUCUUGUGCCAUUCCAGAUAAAAUUGAAGAGCAGAGAAAGAACCUCGGACCAAAAGGAAAGAGGAGGUUAAAGAUGGAAUCUACAGUGAUGCGCAAUGCAAGCGUCUUUGUGUCGGAGUUUGUGCUGCACUGUGAAGUCACAUCACAAAUUCGAAGCUUCACAGUUGUUGCCUUGGCUAUCAUUUAUCUGGUGACCCUUGUUGGAAACAUUUUGGUCCUCCUGGCAAUAAUCCUGAACCACCAACUCCACACUCCCAUGUUUGUUUUGAUUGCUAUCCUGGCUAUUAUAGACUUGCUAAACAACACUAACCUCAUCCCUAAAAUGAUGGCUCUUCUUCUCUUUGACACUUCUCCAGUACCAUACCACGCCUGUGUGCUUCAGAUGUUAAAGAUGGAAUCUACAGCGAUGCGCAAUGAAACCGUCUUUGUGUCGGAGUUUGUGCUGCACUGUGAAGUCACAUCACAAAUUCAAAGCUUCACAGUUGUUGCCUUGGCUAUCAUUUAUCUGAUGACCCUUGUUGCAAACAUUUUGGUCCUCCUGGUAAUAAUCCUGAACCACCAACUCCACACUCCCAUGUUUGUUUUGAUUGCUACCCUGGCUGUUAUAGACUUGCUAAACAACACUAACCUCAUCCCUAAAAUGAUGGCUCUUCUUCUCUUUGACACGUCUCCGGUACCAUAUGGCACCUGCGUGCUUCAGGUGUACGUGGUCUUUCAUCUUGAGAUAUUUGAAAGCUUUCUUUUGGCUCUAAUGGCAUGUGACCGCUAUAUCGCUGUGAUUCACCCUUUGAGAUACCCUCAACUCGUAAAUGGCCGAACUAUUGCCCAUGCAGCCCUGAAGAUUUCAUCAUCUGAAGGCAAGGGAAAGGUCUUCAACGUGCUCGUCACACACCUGCUCGUGGUGUUGCUCUUCUAUUUGCCGUUGCUGACAGCUUUCAUUUUACCCAGAAUAGGAGUAAACCUGUCAACUGAAGCCUACAACACUUUGAUUACUAUUGCUGCUAUUGUCCCCCCGAUGAUCAAUCCCAUCAUCUACAGUUUUAGGAACAUGGAAAUGAAAAAUGCAAUAAAGAAACUUUUCACUGGGAAGAGAACAACUCAACAGCCAUAA